CCGCUCUACAAAAGUCCAGCCAUCCGCUGCCGGUAAAAAUGUACAGCAGACGAAUAUUUCCCUCUUCUCGUGCAACGACAGCCCUGCGCCGAGCAGGUGGUUAGGUUAUCGGUAUGCCCGCAGAGAUGACUGUUCAAGAGUCGCAUGGCAUGGAGCCUGCAUCGACUAUGUCGGAGGUUCUGGAGGAUUUGGAGGACCGAUACCGAGCGUGUUCUACCAUCCACGGAUCUGCGGAGAACCUGGGGUCCGGUAAUGCGGGGGUCAGCAAAUUGAAAGCCGAGGAGGGUUUCGAGCCGGAGGAAAUCAGCGGUGAACCAUCGCCUAUUACCUAUCCCGAUGGCGGGACUCGAGCAUGGCUUGUGGCUCUUGGCGUCGGAUGCGGUAUCAUGGCCACCUUCGGCUACGUCAACGCAUGGGGUGUCUUCCAAGCCUACUAUGAGGAAACUAUGCUCCCGGACACACCUCCUUCAACAAUCGCAUGGAUAGGCUCAGUGCAGUAUGCACUCGUCUUCAUACCCGGCCUCGUGUUUGGAAGGUUGUUCGAUAUGGGCUACUUCAAGCUUCCUUUGCUGGGAGCAUCCUCUCUGCUUGUCACUGCUACCUUUCUCGUUGCAGAAUGCACACAGUUCUGGCAGCUCAUCCUCUGCCAAGGUAUCGCAGUGGGACUUGCUUGCGGUGCGAUCUUUGGGCCGACACUAGGCAUCCUGCCGCAUUGGUUCCAUAAGAAGCUGGGCGUUGCUUAUGGCUUGACGGCUACGGGGUCGAGCUUGGGAGGGACGAUCUUCCCUAUUGCAGUGCGCAACCUGAUCGACGAAGUCGGCUUCAAGUGGACGAUGCGCAUCGUCGGAUUCAUCCUCGUACUCCUACUCGGCAUUUGCAAUCUGACGACAGAGCGACGGCUGCCUCCCAAACCCAACCAGGGACCGUUCAUCAACCCGCGUGCAUUCAAGAAUCCCGCAUACUCAUUCUACACGGCCGCAAGCUUUGCCAGCUUCCUCGGGCUGUACACUGUCCUUACGUACAUAGACGUCAGCGCCUCCGACUCGGGCAUACCGACCAGUUUCUCGUUCUAUCUUCUCCCCAUCGCGAACGUGGGAUCAUUAUUUGGCCGAAUCGUCGGUGGCUUCAUGGCCGACCGCUGGGGACCGCUCAACGUCAUCACGCCCGCAACCUGCGUUGCAGGCAUCAUGACGUACGCAUGGCCAUUCUCUGGCUCAAUAGCCGGGUACGUGGUCAUUGCGAUCCUCUAUGGCAUGUCCUCAGGAAUCUAUGCUUCUCUGCUCGCACCGCCGAUCGUCAGCAUGGGCGAGCGAUGGGACGUCGGGACGCGUAUUGGGAUGUCCUUCACUGUCCUUGCGCUCGGCGCACUCGCAGGCCCACCGAUAUCUGGCGCAAUCUACACGGCGACAGGCUCAUACAAAGCAGUGGGUUACUAUGCAGGUAGUGCAGUGGAGGUCGCUGUGGUUCUCCUGAUCAUUUCGAGAUAUUUCGUGCUCGGCCACAAGCUGGUGGGGAAAUGUUGAUGCCGCGAUACUUAGUCGUCCUUUUCAAUGUGUCAUCAUCGACAUUUCUCCCGCAAGAUCUAAUUUUACCACCAUGAUUUGCUCAUGAACCCAUAGAAUACUAGACGACCUGGAGCCAUGAGUGAACGGUUCACGUACUUUACAUGACCUCAUGAUAGACGUCAAUUUUGCAUAUAGCUAGUGCGAGACGGGGUCAGGAUGCAACAGCAGUUCAAGGAUGCGAUCACAGGCGACCUAGC